CACCAUAGUGUACCAAGUGCAAUACCAGAAGGUACAGGAGAUGUCGACUGUCAUUUUAAAAUUAAGAAGAACUUGGAGAAUGCAUCCAUAAGCCUGGAAUCUACGAAGAGCCCAGGAUUGUUUGUUGGACUUCAGUCAGAUGGGCAGGCAAAACCAAUGAUUUAUACCAAGGAUGAGAAUGUUUGCUUCUAUCCACAAGUCAUCCAAUUUGGCAGAGAAAACCCAAUGGGAAUGUCUGCAACACCCAGCCAAGAAGAAGAAAAGAUCCAUGAGUCAAAAAAACAGAAAAAAAUACCCCCAGAAUCUGAGGAUAGGAGUCCCUUACCUUCUUCAACUGCAAAAGAAAUCAGACGUUUCCAAAGUGGUAAGACUCUUCUGUCAGAAGAUGAAUGGAAGGUGUUAGUGCUGACGGGAAAUACAGGAACUCGAGCCAAUGUCACUCUCUGGGUGUAUGGAGAUAAAGGAGUCACUGGGCCAAUAAGUCUUCGCAAGGACAGCUCAGAGCAGCUCUUCCUUCCAGGACAGGAGGAUGAGUUUCAGGUUGAAAUAAGGAGCAUUGGAAACAUAUAUAAGAUAAGGAUAGGACAUGAUGGAACCAGUGAGCAACCCGAGUGGAAAUUGCAGAGGGUGACCAUGCAACAUACGAAAAGCAAGAAGAUCCUAGAUUUUGCAGCAAACGUGCGGCUCUCUCGGAUUCAGGCAGAUGGGGAUGUUGUCUGUGAGCUUCCUGUAGUAAAAGGAGGACAAGCUAUUUUUCCAUUAGUGAGAUAUCAGGUUGACGUCUACACUGGGAAGCUGAAGCAUGCAGAAACGGAGUCUGAGGUUUUCCUCUGUCUCUUUGGGGAGAGGGGAGACUCUGGCCUCAGACUGCUGUACAAAUCUAACAUGCAAGUAAAAUUUCAAAGAGGACAGAUUGAUAAAUUUCAAGUAGCAGCAGUGUCGCUUGGAAAACUGCAGAAGGUGCUGUUGCGCUGUGAGGCCAGUGACAAAUCACAGUACUGGUACUGUGAACAAGUCGUAGUCAGAGAGCCUGGCACCACAUCCAAGUCCAUCUUCACCUGUCAAAGAUGGCUUCCUUUUAUGUUUCAGGGCAUAAUUCAUUCAGAAAUUGAACUUUAUCUUCAAGGUGAGGAUUACUGAAACCAUCGGUAGAAGAAAGUACAAGAUGAUUUUGUUACAUCUGGACAUCAUGGAACACUAUUCCCCAGUUUUCCUCAGAACAGCCCCUUUGAUCAUUUAUCUUUUAUUGUUGGAUUUAUAGUAUUCCUCACAGUGAAAUAAAAACAUAUGUAAAUCUGUGUCUUA